UAAUUCUCUCUGUUUCACUAUGGCUUAUAGGCCAGUCUUUAGAGGUCUCAGUAAAUAAAGAUAUUUUACUUUACCAACGGCUUAUAUAGAACUGACACCCAUAUCCAUAGUGAUCGAUCAUUGACCGUUGUCAAACGUCUCAGAGAUGUUGUCAUGGGAACGUACUGACAGUCGGAUAAUGUGAUGUUGGAAAGAUUCAUCUCUACUGAACGAUGAACCACCAGUAAACACCAGCUGUGUUACUUUAUAAACGCAUGUGCACCAGAGCAAUGGAGAGUGACUGUAGGAUCCCCAUGUCAUGUCUGAGACCCCGAAUCCUGGCCCUGCAUGCCUUAUUUUGGGGUUUAGUGUCUCUAAGAGUGUUUGGAGCCGCUCUUCUUAGCGAUGAGAAGGCUGCAGUUACAGUUACAAAGGCAGUGACUGCACCAUGUUGGCAGAUGGAGGAGUUUGUGGUGGCUAAAGAGUGCAGUGCAUGUGAUGGUUUUCAAUCGAAAACAUUAGCAGCAUGCAGCCUAACAGGAUAUGUAGAGAAGAUCAACUGCACCAAGUCUAACAGAGAUGAAUACAAGAGCUGUCGCUCUACCAAAAUGGAGGAGCACCUCUUCUGGAAAUUUGAGGGCACCAUGCUGACUCUCACUGUAGUCUUUGCAAUACUGGUGGUUGCUAGGCAACGGUCACUUGACCGCCAAGCCUCAGACAAGGUUCGUAGACAGAUAGAAUCUAUUUAGUAGAUCAAAAUGUACUAAAACCUAAAGGACAUUUGCCAGACAGGUGGCCUGGUGUUACAAGCUCUCAGCAAAGGGCAUAACCCAACAGUUCAUGGUGGCUUCCAGGCUUGAUCACUGGUUUUAUCUUACUGGAUGCACAAGAACAAAACUCUGAUUGGGUACAAUGUGCCCUUACUCCCCAGCCAGACAUUAUUUGUGGAUGCUGCAUCCAUGCAGGAUUUACCUUUACCUAUAAGAUUGUCAAGUGGACUUUUAUUUAUCUGUGAACUUCAAGAAUUUGAAAAGUGGAACACGCAUCCAAAUCCACCAACAUUAUGCAAGACAUUUGUCCAGUCCCUGUUUUGUAACAGAAGAUGAACAGCUCUGCAAAUACCUGUUAUUUAAAAUGCUGUGAAGGCCGUGUGCAUAGAGAGUAAAUGGAGGUGUGUGUUGUUUUUAUACAAAUCCUAAAGCAGAUCAAAGUAUUGAAACAGAAUUAUCUGUAUGGUCAAAAUCCUGAAGCUAGACAUUAUUUGUUGGGGUUUUGUUUUGUUAGAUAGGAUGAGUUUCAGUGAAUCUGAAAGUUUUGAUGGUUUGUUGUUUGGCUCAGAUAUUUUGGAAAGUGAUAGCAUUCACCCGAUUUCCCCUAAACUGAAACAUGCAUCCAUCCACUAACAUUACAGUGUUACUUCAGUGAACCUAAAAGUUAAUUUAUUAGUCUUAUACAUGCAGUUGUCACCUGAAAUAUCUUUAUUUUGAGUAUAUUUUUUGUUUAUUUUUUGUUUGUUUUUUUACAGUUUCUUAGAGACUUGCAGGUGCCCUAUAUUUAAAACAUUUUUAGUAACACUUUACAGUAAGGUUCUAUUAGUUAACUACAUUAGUUAACAUGAAGUAACAAUGAACAAUACUUUUACAGCAUUUAUAAAUCUUGGUUAAUGUUGAUUUCAACAAGUAGUAAUACAUUUUUUUUUAAAGUUGUAUAUGUUAACAUUAGUUCAUGCAUUAUGAACUAACAAUGAACAAUUGUAUUUUACCAAAGAUUAAUAAAUGCUGUAAAAAAAACCUAUUGUUCGUUGUUAGUGCAUGAUACCUAAUGCAUUAACUAAUGUUAACGAAUAGAACCUUAUUGUAAAGUGUUACCAGGUUUGUUUGUUUUUUAUUUGGAUAUGGUAUUAUUUUACUUUCAGUCUUGGCCCUCUUGAGUGAAAGCAAGUGUUUUAUGUAAAACUCUGUGAUCAGAUGUCUUUGUUUUAUAUCUCACAAAUACCAGCUCUGUACUCACAUCUGAAUGAUAUAUGCAAGACUGCAUUGUAAUGUAUGUUAAAGUUGCUUAACUUUGAUGGGGUGAAAAGGCAAAGAUGUAUUAAAAUCAACCCAACUUUUUUUUUUUUCAUAUUUCCUUGAAUUUUAUUUGAUUUUUGUGUUUGCCUUCAUUUGUCCAGAAUGUUGUCACAAAAUUACUGAUGGAAAAUUGUGCAUUUUGCCAUGAGAAAAGAGAAGUUACAAACUCCAUAAGAAGAAAUGAGUGCACUUUGAUCCUUUUGGGCAGGAGCAGAUGUGACCAUGCUGGGAAUAUCUCAUUGCAGAACAGAACUUUGCUGUGUUACACUAGGGAGGAAGAAAUAGGCAGAAGAUAAGAUAUAUUUUCUUCACAAUAGAUGUCUGUACAAAGUGUAUAAUACAUAGUCCUGUACAAAAAUGCAAGUCUUUCAUUUAAGUAUGCACACAAUUGACUAGGGUUUCCCAACCGGGGUUUGCAGAUAAUAUUAAAAAUAAAAGUGAAUAAUUUGUGAUUAAAAUGUAUAAUAAUACAUUGAAAAUGUAAUAAAAACAGACAAGAGAACUAUUUCAAAAGUAACCAUUUCAAGAAGUUUGGGGAAUUUAUAUUUAGUUGAAUAUUGACAUAAAAUACCAGUAAAUAAUCAAGUAGCCUAAAUUAGGUCAUGGGGGUGCAAAAAGCUUGAGAACUGCACUGUUUGCUUGUACGACAGUGUACAUUGUAUUUUAAUUUUACAUGAACCUUGAGAUAGUGACAAUUUACUCCGAUUAGCUCUAAAUUAUUACUCCCUCCCAAAUUUUCUUAAAGUAAUAUUCCAGGUUCAAUACAAGUUAAACUCGAUCAACAGCAUUUGUGACAAAGUUUAUUACCGCAAAAAAAUUAUUGACUUGCGUCCCCCUUACAGUGGAAGUGUAUGGGGCCAACCUGUAAACGUUAAAAUACUCACUGUUCCAAAAGCAUAGCCAAAAGACAAACAAUAGGAGUGUUAACACAAUUUUAGAGUGAUAAAAUUACUAACAUUUUCUGUGUAAAGUUAUAGCCAAUUUUGCAACUUCGUUGCUAUGACAAUGUAAACAAAUCCUAAAAUGACUGUAAAAAUUACAAUUUAAACAACUUUAAUGCUCAAAUAAUACAUGGGUUUUAACAGAAGAAUAAGUGUAAGUGCUUUUAUAAAAUUUUAAGCUUCAAAUUUCUGCUUUUAAACCCUCAAAAAUCUGGCCCUAUUCACAUCUAUUGUAAGUGCCUCACAGGCUCACAGUAACCUCCAUAUUUGCUUUAUUAAAGAAAAGGACGGACGAGUUGAAAAUAUUUUUUGUGGAAAUGAACAUUAUUACACAAAUGCUGUUGUCGAUUGAGCUUAACUUGUAUUGAACCUGGAAUAUUUAAAUUCUUUGAC